GUACUCUAUAGAAGAUCUGAAGGUACUCUAUCGAAGCCGAAAUGUCUGAAGUUGCGUUCUGUGCCAAGUGUCCUGGUGGACAGUGCGGCUGCACAGGUGCUGGAUGCUGUACUACGAGCUGUAGAUGCCCCGGAUGUAAAGUAAACUGUGGAUGUUUCUCGGCAAAGGCCUCAGUUUGUCCCGACGGAAUCUGUCAGAUGGGAGUUGAUUGUGAAUGUGGCUGCAAGUGCAGCAGCGCAUGUACGUGUCCCAACUGCAAGGCCGGAUGCAAAUGUGCAGGUGCCAACUUCGUGUGUACCGCGGACUGCCAGUCUGGGAUGUGUUGCGGUACCAGGGCCUGUCAGUGUAGCGGCAAGUGCGCAUGUCCAAAAUGCAAGUGCAACUGUGCCUCUGCUGCGUUCUGUGCCAAGUGUCCUGGUGGACAGUGCGGCUGCACAGGUGCGGGAUGCUGUACUACAAGCUGUAGAUGCCCCGGAUGUAAAGUAAACUGUGGAUGUUUCUCGGCAAAGGCCUCAGUUUGUCCCGACGGAAUCUGUCAGAUGGGAGUUGAUUGUGAAUGUGGCUGCAAGUGCAGCAGCGCAUGUACGUGUCCCAACUGCAAGGCCGGAUGCAAAUGUGCAGGUGCCAACUUCGUGUGUACCGCGGACUGCCAGUCUGGGAUGUGUUGCGGUACCAGGGCCUGUCAGUGUAGCGGCAAGUGCGCAUGUCCAAAAUGCAAGUGCAACUGUGCCUCUGGGGCAUGUGCGUGCGGUGUGGGCUGUACCGGACCUAAAACAUGCAGGUGUGGUGCUGGAUGUAGGUGUAAGCUGUGAAAAAUCACAUCUUUGGAGAAUAUGACACCAUACCGGAUGGACUGACCAAUUCUUUAUCAACUCUUUACGGAUAUAUUGAUUAACAUUUAAAUUUGAAACUCCUGCUUGAAUCCCUCGUUUUGUGAUUGUCAAUGACUUUAUUUUGGUUAUUUUACACACAAUUAUCUUAUUCUAAUAUAAAAUGAUUGUUGACAAUUGUCAUCUUGUUCU